AUGGGGUUCAAAGGUCUCUGUUUGGGGCUGUUUUGUGUUUUCUUUGCCUUUCAUGUUUAUGUAUCUGUACCGGGCAACAUUGAAGAAUGCUGGAAAGUAAUGGCCUUGGAUGCAGUUACUAAAACUUGCAGUUUUGUGGCCACAUGUUUUGAAAAUAUAGGUAUUAUGAGAUAUGAAGAGUUUCUGUCUAUGAUAUUCAGGCUGGACUAUACUCAACUGCUUUCAGAUGAAUACAACACAGUGACUGAUACAGCACUUAGUGACAUUCCAGUACGUCUGUACCUGCCAAAGAGAAAGUCAGAAACCCCAAGACAAGCUGUAGUCUAUACUCACGGUGGUGCUUUUUGUUUUGGAAGUUUCAAGCAGACAGCUUAUGACCUCCUGAACAGAUGGACGGCACACACAUGUGAUGCUGUUGUUGUGGGAGUGGACUACAGACUAGCUCCUCAACACCGUUUUCCUGCUCUUGAAGAUAGCUUCGCUGCAGUCAAGAUUUUCCUUCAGGAUACAGUUCUUACAAAAUAUGAAGUGGAUCCCACCCGAAUCCGUAUUUCAGGAGACAGUUGUGGGGGCACUUUAGCAGCAGCAGUGACUCAACAGGUGCAGAAUGAUCUUGAAAUAAAGCAUAAAAUCAAGAUACAAGCUUUACUUUACCCGACCUUACAGGUAAUUGAUUCUUAUUUGCCGUCUCACCGAGAAAAUGAGCAUGGUAUAAUUCUGACCAGGAACGUAGCCGUGAAACUCGUAAGUUUAUAUCUCACCAAGGAUGAAACAUUUCCCCAGGCAAUGACAAGAAACCAAUAUAUGCCUCUGGAAUCAAGACAUCUCUUCAAGUUUGUCAACUGGAGUAAUCUCUUGCCUGAGAAGUAUAGAAAGGACCACGUUCAUAUGGAACAAGUUCUUGGAAAGUCUAGUUAUUCACUUUCGGCACUUAUGGAUAUGAGGGCAUCACCGUUGCUGGCCAAUGACUCCCAGUUACGGAAUUUGCCGUCGACCUGUAUUCUUACCUGUCAGUAUGAUCUCAUGAGAGAUGACGGACUUACGUAUGUUUCAAGACUUCAAAAUGCUGGAGUUCAAGUUGCUCAUGACCAUAUUGAGGAUGGAAUCCACGGAGCUUUAUCAUUCAUGACAUCACCACUGUAUUUAUGUCUAGGUCUCAGGAUAAGAGAUUGGUAUAUUGGUUGGCUGGGUAAGAAUUUAUAA